AUGAUUGAUUUUGAUUUGUUCUGCGACCGGUACCAGAGUGAGAAGGCUUAUAAGGUUUUGCGUGAAAUGAUUGAUAGAGGAUUUUCACCCUCAGUUGUUGAAUACAACAAGCUUAUUGAUUCAUACUGCAGUUGGGGGUAUUGCCAAACCCAGGACCUGGUGAAGGUGUUUGAAAUCAAGAAGGAGAUGCUUCAGAAGGGCUUCUUGCUUGAUGCUGACAACUAUUCGAUGCUUUUACACUCGCAGCCAACACUGUCAGAAGCUUUUGAUAUCUUCCAAGAGAUGCUUCGCGAGGGUGUGGAGCCAAUGGCGUAUGCUUAUGUUAAUUUGAUGGAUCCAUAUUUUAUACCUGGGUUUUACCGAAUCGGGGAGCUGAGGAAGGCGUAUGAUUUGAAGCUGGAGAUGGAUGAAAUGCUGCAGAGUGGUGACUUGGCUAUCCAGCCCCUGUCUGGAACCGCGUAUUGGUCACUUAUGGGCACAGAAGGCGGCCUGUUGGAUGAGGCUAAUUAUACUAGUGUGAUAAAUGCUUAUUGUGCUGAUGGUGAAGUGGUUAAGGCUAGGACAUUGCUUAAUGAAGUGUGUCAUUUUAUUGGAGUGCGAGAGUCUGUUAUCUAUGAUGUGCUUAUUAGUGGGCUUGAUAAGAAAGCUAGGACACGAGAAGCUAAGAAGAUGCUUCUGAGCUUGAUUUAUCAUUUGUGUACGACUAGUUGGCCAACUUUAACAUUUGAUACUCUGAUAGAGAACUGCAGUAAUAAUGAAUUUAUGAGUUUGGUAGAGCUUGUCAAAGGUUUCCGGAUUAGGGAUUUAGAGAACGAAGCAGCCAGUGUUUUAAACACAAUGCUUCAGGGGAAUUAUAAGCCAGAUGGAGCAGUUUAUAAUUUCUUAAUUGUUGAACAUUGUAGAUGUAAAAAUGUUGAUAAGGCAUAUGAUAUGUACAUGGAGAUGGUGCAGUGUGGUUUUGCACCUCAUAUGUUCUCUGUACUUGCUCUUAUUAAGACUCUAUAUUAUGGUAGAAGGUACAAUGAGAUGAGUUGGGUAAUUGAAAACACAUUGAGGAGCUGUAAUCUCAAUGAUUCUGAGCUACAUAAACUACUUAAUGAAAUUGGCGUCAGGAAAGGUGAAUUUAAAGAAGAUGCUCUUUUCAAUGUCCUUGCUGAAAUAGCCAUGGAUGGCCUGUUACUUAAUGGAGGAAAGUGUUCAUAUGCUCCAGCAAGUGCCUAA